AUUAGUAGUAAAAUUAUGUAUCUCUUUGGGAGGUUAAAUAUAAGAGUCCAAAAUGAUUUAUUGUCAAAUUAAAUUUCUCUUUGGGAAAUAUUAGUUAGGCAAAAGAUUUUAAUUAGGUUUUGGUAUGUCAACAAUUGUGAAAGAAUAACCAAUAUUUCAAUAAAGACUUUAUGUUCGAGGUUAGUUUAUCAAAAUUUUGAUAAAAAUAGACUAAGUCUCUGAAGGAUCAAGGAUGAUUCCUAAUAGCAUUUGAAUAGAAAUCAAUGAUAUAAAAAAAACAAGAGUCUUUUAACUUUAAUCCAAGGGUUCUAAAGAAGAAAUUAGUGAAAUUUGUGUUAAAUUCUCUAAGGGUCCCUGACAGUAUUUUAGGAAAGAGAAAACAAUAUGACUUUACCAAAUUACAAGUUCAACAAUAAGAGAUUCCACAGGGAGCUCCAAUGGACUGAGAUGAACACUCUAGGGUAUCAAGCGACUGAACAUGAAGAGAUAGAACGCAAAGAAACUAACGAUAAACUAUGGAAAGAGAUAAUUAAUAAUUCUAAGGAGCAGGAAUAUAACAGAUAUUAUGAAACAGUUUACUCUUCAGAUUCUUCUGCUAUGAAGCAAGAGAGAGGAAAACAGGAAAAUGGAAAACAGGAGGAGGAGAAUGAUAGAAAAAUUUUUAUUAUCAGACAUGUAAAGAGAAAUAUUUUGUAGAUGAAGCCGAAUUACUUGAAAAAUCAAAGCCAGAGGUCAAACAGAAUAUGCCCAUAGAAGCUCAGAAGAACAAAGGUCAUUUUUCGAAGACGAAUAGGCGAUAUUUUCCAGCAUGUGCCAGUCCAAAGAAGAAGAAUUUUACUAAUAAGACAAUCAUUAAUCCUCAGUUCUGAAGCAAGCCAAAGGAUCUUAAAACACCUAGGGAAGAAAGAUUAUUAUCUCCAGGAAUUAUUGAUAGAGGCAAGAUCGCUAAAUUGAUGCAGAAAUAUUCAUUUGUGCGACCGAGCAUUCAUAGAUACAGGAGUCCUGAUAAUCGAAACAACACAGCAUAUAUGAACACGAGGUUGGAAAAUAUGAGAAACAACUUCUUCGAUCUUAAUUUGGCUAAAAAGAAGUUGUUCUCACCUAAGAAUAAGGUUAGACCUACUCGCCCUGUUUUAGGAAACUUGAAGCUUCCUUCAAAGCUAGAGAAGAAGAUGUCUGAUGCUGAAGGACUCCUUCUGGAGUCUCCUUUCUUAAAGACUACUAUUAAAGGUCCUCAAAAAAUUAAAGCUAAAUUUAGCAUCUCUGAUGUUGAAAUUGAGAAGAUUAAGAACCAAAUUUGGGGAAAGAUGAAAUGAAAGAGGUCCAAAAAAUUUGAUCUUUAAUUCAAAUUAUUAUUUUAACAUCUUUGCUACCUUCUUUUUGCAGCUAUGUUAGGAAUUGAUUUUAAUUCUAAACUGUGAGCUAAGAUUGUGUGGCAUAUGAAGAAAUAAACUCUAUUAUAUAUUCUAGCUUGUCUUGGUAACCUGAAAUUCAUCAUCAGUGAUAGGUAUUGUCCAUCUUUCAAAAUCCU